GMCAGAAUGGUCAUAUUAAGUAUCAUUGUAGCGAUAAAACAAAUUUCAGCAGUUAGACGCAUUCAGUAACUAAAAAUAACUGGAUGGCUGCUACGUUGACAAGAAGACUGAGCUAACCGCGGUAGCUAGCCAAGUCAGRCAGCAUCAGCGGGAACGUAUUGACUUUACUAGCUAGCUAUCUCGUUGAUAGGUUUCUACCUAACACCGUCAUUGUCAAUAAAACGGGGCAGCAAAUGUUACAAAGUGCACUGACAUGACUGAAACAAUGGAUGAAAAGAUGGAGGUUUGUCCCCUGUCGGAUGAGKUAGAGAAAGAACCAAAGGUUGAAUACCUGGCGGACUCACCAGAAAAGGCCAGAAAACCACGGAAUGAAAUGAGUAGAGACAUAACUCUAUCUCAAAUAGUUGAAGGGAAGAGGGAGAAAAAGAUGGUGCAAAGACUUGAUUUCCAGGUUGCAAAACCUGCRAAGGUGCUGAAAGUUGAAAAUGGUGGCGGAGAUAAAUUAGGAGACAUUGCGAGAGUGAACCACCACCUYGGAAAGCUGAAGGUUCCAGAUCUGAAACCGCUUCAUACAAUUCUCUUUGAUAUGCCAGGUAAGAUUGCCACRAUGAGGAAAAAUAUGCGGCUGUUCAAUGGCUUCCCGUUCGAGGUUGACAGUGAUCCCUAUAUAAAGAAGAAGGAGAGGAUGAUGAAGAUAACAUGCGUAMGGUUGAGGACCAUCUGUAAAGUGUUGGACCUGGAGAAGGGUGGAAACCAGUCAGUCCUCAUCGACAGGAUCAUAACUUUCCUCAUGAGUCCCAGAAUAUCAGGAAAGCCUGUUAUCUCAAAGAAGAAGAAGAAGUCUAAGAAGAAUAUCUCAACCAAAGACUCUAAGAGCAAGACCAAGGCUAAGGCCAGGAGUACAUCCAGCAGUCCCCGGAAGGUCAAAGCAGAGAGCAAGUCCAAAGCCAUCGUCACUGAUUCUAGCAGUGAUGAGGAUGAUGACGACGACGACGACGAAGAGCAAGGAGUCACAGUAGAACAAGACGAGUCAGACGCCGAAAAGAAGAGCUGGAAAGCAGGAAAGCGGGAAAAGGUGACGACYGAUGAAGAUACCGAUGAUUCUGAAGACUACGGCGAUGAGGAUCCCAAGUCAAAUCCAGCAGYCAAGGGCAAGAGAACACCUGCCAAGAAGCGCGCGCAACCAGCAAAGAAGGCAGCUCCUGCCAAAAAGAAAACGAAAGACUCCGACCAGUCUGAGUCUGAUUCAGACAAGGAKGAUGAGGAUGAGGAUGAGAAAGACAGCGAGAGUGAAGUUGAGAAGCCAAAAAAUAAACCGUCAGCUAAGAGGGCAGCACUGGCUAAGACCAAGAAAGCAGACAGCAGCAGUAACAAACAGAAAAAGACUGCCRACAAGGGCAAUGCAGCACUCGACAGCUCGGAUGACGAUGAGCCGUUGAUCAAGAUGAUCAAGAAGCCUCCUACAGAUGAGCAGCUAAAGGAGACGGUGAAGAGGCUGCUGAAAGACGCCAACCUGGAGGAGAUGACCAUGAAGAAGAUCUGCCAGAAAGUGUACGACACAUACCCAGAGUAUGACCUGACCAGCAGAAAGGACUAUGUCAAGCAGACAGUAAAAACGCUGAUUUCCUAAAGAACAUGGAAAAAGACAUAAACAGUCCUUGUGACAAAUAACUGUGAAUGUUCCAAUGCUGGAAAAGGAUAAUCAAAAGAAUGUGCCUAUCUUCCUAGAACUGCUCAAACGCCCAGUUUUACUUCGUUGUGUUUGUUUUUAUUUAAAUCCUAAUGUUUUUAUGUUUCCAUAUUCUGUAAUUUCCAACUUGAUUGCGCACUUCUCUUAGGUCAUAUGUAACAUGUUACUUAAGGCUUAUGCAUUUGAGUCAUUGCUUGUUAAUAAUCUGUGCUUUGUUAAUACACUUAACUUUACAGUUUUUCUACUGAUCCCAAGCAGAGGGUGUUAGGCUAAACGAACAGUGUUUUAGAGAUUCAAGGUUGGUCACUAUAAAUGGAAACAUGUCCUCAGGCAAUGCAUGAAUUCACACACUGUUGAUUUUAAAUGUAUUUCCUGAAUUGACCAGUCAAAAUGGAAUAAGGGCUCUCUAUAGCUAUCCUUUGCCUUCUGUGGAGGAUUUCAAAUCUUUCCCUCUGUGGUUUUGAUGCACAUAAAACAGCCUUAUAGCAACAAGGCUGGGGUGUAUUCACUAGGAACCAAAAGGGGAGGGCCCUACUGGAAUUUGACCAAUAGAAACUCUGUUUUUAGUAAGCACGUGUUUUCUGUUGCAAAACAUUUUGGACUAAUAAUGCCACUCCUUUUCCAUUCUCCCUAGACAUUUUGUGUGAAAUUGUUUUGCAUGGCAAGCUGUUCAAUUGAGUUUGGAAAAGUAUUUAUUGUCAUGGUCAAGUCUUCAAACAUAUAUUCCUUGAUUGCAUUUAUAAGACUUCAUGUUUUUAUAUGUAAAUGUGUACAUUUUGUUAAUCAUUCCCCUUUGAUGAGAUCCUGUUUUAGUCCUUAUUUUGUCUCUGUAUGCAGUACAGGAUUCUGAUUUAUGUAGUCACCUUGCUCAAUGAAGAGUUGGAUCUUUUUAGGCAAUGUACCUUUGACAAAGUAAGUCAUUGAAUGAAAAUGUUCUGCAUAUAAAUUUACAUCAGAUUUUUGAACUAA